CUGAAUAAUAAAAGGGGAGCGGCGAAGAGGCAGGAAGACAGGACCAUGUCGAAGGGCCCCGGGCCCGGCGGCUCCGCAGCUUCUUCGGCGCCCCCGGCCGCUACCGCUCAGGUGCUGCAGGCACAGCCCGAGAAACCGCAGCACUACACGUACCUGAAGGAGUUCCGCACAGAGCAGUGCCCACUCUUCGUGCAGCACAAAUGCACACAGCAUCGGCCCUAUACCUGUUUCCACUGGCACUUUGUGAACCAGCGGCGGCGGCGUUCCAUCCGUCGUCGGGACGGCACCUUCAACUACAGUCCUGACGUCUACUGCACCAAGUACGACGAGGCUACAGGCCUGUGUCCAGAGGGCGAUGAGUGCCCAUUCCUGCACAGGACCACAGGGGACACUGAGCGCAGGUAUCACCUUCGUUACUACAAAACUGGAAUCUGCAUCCACGAGACUGACUCGAAAGGCAACUGCACCAAAAACGGCCUGCACUGUGCUUUUGCCCACGGGCCUCAUGACCUCCGCUCCCCUGUUUACGACAUCAGGGAGCUCCAGGCCAUGGAGGCCUUGCAAAAUGGCCAGACCACAGUAGAGGGCAGCAUCGAAGGCCAGUCAGCUGGGGCUGCGAGCCAUGCCAUGAUAGAAAAAAUCCUAAGUGAGGAACCUCGGUGGCAAGAGACCGCUUAUGUGCUGGGCAACUAUAAGACGGAGCCGUGCAAGAAGCCCCCGCGGCUGUGCCGCCAGGGCUAUGCCUGUCCCUACUACCACAACAGCAAGGACCGGCGGCGGAGCCCCCGGAAGCACAAAUACAGGUCAUCUCCCUGUCCAAACGUCAAACAUGGGGAUGAAUGGGGAGAUCCAGGCAAGUGUGAGAAUGGAGACGCCUGCCAGUAUUGCCACACCCGCACAGAGCAGCAGUUCCACCCAGAGAUCUACAAAUCCACCAAAUGCAACGACAUGCAGCAGUCGGGCAGCUGUCCACGAGGACCUUUCUGCGCCUUUGCCCACAUAGAACAGCCAUCUUUGAGUGACGAUGUGCAGCCUUCUUCAGCUGUGCCCAGCCCCACCCAGCCAGGCCCUGUCUUACACACGCCAUCUGCUGCCGGAGACUCAGUGCCUGUGAGCCCCUGCAGCCCGCAUGCCCCUGACCUCAGCGCUCUCCUCUGUAGAAACAGCAGCCUGGGAAGCCCAUCACACCUCUGUGGCUCCCCACCAGGCCCUGGAAGGAAGGCCUCAAACCUGGAGGGCCUUGUCUUCCCUGGGGAGUCCAGCCUUGCCCCUGGCAGCUAUAAGAAAGCUCCUGGUUUUGAGAGGGAAGACCAGGUGGGAGCUGAGUACCUGAAAAAUUUCAAGUGCCAGGCUAAACUAAAGUCCCACUCACUAGAGCCCAGGAGUCAAGAGCAGCCUUUACUUCAACCCAAACAGGACAUGCUGGGCAUCCUCCCUGUAGGCAGUCCCCUGACCUCAAGCAUCUCUUCUAGCAUCACCUCCAGCCUGGCAGCCACCCCUCCCAGCCCUGCAGGCACCAGCAGCGCCCCUGGCAUGAAUGCAAACGCCCUGCCCUUCUACCCCACCAGCGACACGGUAGAGUCGGUCAUAGAGUCUGCCUUGGAUGACCUGGACCUGAAUGAAUUUGGGGUGGCUGCCCUGGAGAAGACUUUUGAUAACAGCACAGUGCCCCACCCCAGCAGCAUCACAAUCGGUGGUAGUUUACUGCAGAGCUCUGCACCUGUGAACAUCCCAGGCUCCUUGGGCAGCUCGGCCUCCUUCCACUCCACCUCUCCAUCACCUCCUGUCAGCCUUUCCUCACAUUUCCUGCAACAGCCCCAAGGCCACCUGAGCCAGUCAGAAAAUACAUUUUUGGGGACCUCAGCAUCACAUGGAUCUUUGGGUCUGAACGGGAUGAACAGCAGCAUCUGGGAGCAUUUUGCCUCUGGAAGCUUCUCCCCAGGCACUUCCCCUGCCUUCCUAUCAGGGCCAGGGGCUGCCGAGCUGGCCCGGCUUCGCCAAGAGCUAGAUGAAGCCAACGGCACCAUCAAGCAGUGGGAGGAGUCCUGGAAGCAGGCCAAGCAGGCUUGUGAUGCCUGGAAGAAGGAGGCAGAGGAGGCUGGUGAGCGGGCCAGUGCAGCAGGCGCCGAGUGUGAGCUGGCCCGGGAGCAGCGGGACGCGCUGGAGGCCCAGGUGAAGAAGCUGCAGGAGGAAGUGGAACGGCUGCACACACGGCCUGACCCCCACACCUUGCCGGCUGCCCCCGACCUGGAGGCACUCUCACUUUCUACCCUUUACUCCCUUCAGAAGCAGCUACGAGCCCACCUGGAGCAAGUGGACCAGGCCGUGUUCCACAUGCAGUCGGUGAAAUGCCUUAAGUGUCAGGAGCAGACCAGGGCGGUACUACCAUGCCAACAUGCCGUGCUGUGCGAGCUCUGUGCUGAGGGCAGUGAGUGCCCUGUCUGCCAGCCCAGCCUGGCUCAUGCCCUCCAGUCAUGACGCUGCAGGCCUGGCCUGGCUGGGCCCAGAUCUUCUUACCUAGGACUUUUUAAAGUAUUAUAUAUAUAUAUAUAUAUGUAUGUAUGUAUGUAUGUAUAUGUAUAUGUAUAUGAUUAUGUACAUGUAUACAUUUCUGUGUGUGUGCAGGUGUGCGUGGUGCCAGCGUAUGCACAGUGUCUGUGUGUAUAUCUGUAUAUAGAUAUAGACACACACUUUAAAACAGACUUACCAAGCACUUUUUAAAAGAAAAGACUUAUUUUGUGGUUCUCCCUGCCCGCUCCCUGCCUUUCCUGCUCAGAAACAAAGUCCCCUCUUUUCCCACUUGCCUUUUGGCAGAGAAUAUGUUUUUUGUCUCUUUUUUUUAAUGUAGGAACUAACUAUUUUUAACUUCUCCCUGGGGCCUGAGCAGGGAAGGGUGGGAGGCUGGGAGGG